GAAGAUGGCUUGCCAUUAGACACAGUACAAGUGUACAGUCCUCCCAGUCUCCCAGCCACAGUCAGAGUGUGGGUGUACUGUGCAGUCUCUGGGUCAUUCAACACAGUCUGGGUUCCUUGGGUGACAGUGGUGGAGUCUCUGGUCCAAGUGACAGUGGUAGCAGGUCCACCAGUGGAGAUACAGGUGAGGGUCAGCUGGCUAGGGUCAAAUGUCACUCCUCCAGAUAUUGAGAUGUCUCCUACAGUAAAGAACCAA